AUGGUGUAUCUGAACAAGGUCGUCGACGGCUGCGUCGCCAACAUCGCAGCGAAGCUCGAAAUCAUGGAGCCAUGCUGCAGCGUCAAGGACAGAAUCGCGUACAGCAUGAUCAACGACGCUGAGGAGCGAGGCCUCAUUGAGGCGGGGAAGAGCGUGCUGGUGGAGCCGACGUCGGGCAACACGGGAAUCGGCUUGGCGUUCAUAGCAGCGGCGAGGGGCUACAAGCUCGUCCUCACCAUGCCCGCCUCCAUGAGCCUCGAGCGCCGCGUGCUGCUGCAGGCGUUUGGCGCCGAGCUCGUUCUGACCGACCCCGCCAAGGGCAUGAAGGGCGCUGUUGCUAAGGCGGAGGAGAUUGUGAAAAGCACCAAAGACGCGUACAUGCUGCAGCAGUUCGAGAACCCCGCGAACCCCAAGGUCCAUUUUGAGACGACCGGGCCGGAGAUCUGGGAGGACACGUGCGGCACAGUGGACUUCCUGAUCUCUGGCAUUGGCACUGGUGGCACUGUCACGGGCACAGGGCGGUACCUGCGCAGCCAGAACCCCAACGUUAAGCUGAUCGGAGUGGAGCCCAAGGAGAGCGCUGUUCUCUCAGGCGGAAAGCCAGGUCCCCACAAGAUCCAGGGCAUUGGGGCGGGCUUCAUUCCAGGGGUUCUGGACGUUAGCCUGCUGGACGAAGUCAUUCAGGUCAGCAGCGAUGACUCAGUGGAGAUGGCCAAGCAGCUUGCUGUGAAGGAAGGGCUGCUGACGGGCAUUUCCUCUGUUGCAGCAGUGGUGGCAGCUAUCGAGGUUGCCAAGAGGCCUGAGAAUGCCGGCAAGCUUGUCGUGGUGGUUCUGCCCAGCUUCGGAGAGCGAUACAUGUCCUCUGUUCUUUUCUCAUACAUCAGAACCAAGGCCGAGGCAAUGACCCCCGAGGUGUAA